AUGACGACACGCCUAUCUAUUGAUUCGGUGGGGUCGGAAGUUUCGGCCCAGGAAAGCUGCGGUGUAGUCUGGCUGGGAACCGUGCCCUACCGGGAUGCCUGGGAUCUGCAGCUGGAGAUCGCAGGCCGCGUGCGGCGUGGUGCCGAACCUGAAACUCUGCUGCUGUUGGAGCACCCCCACACCUACACCCGGGGGCGGUUAUCUCCCGAUGCCCACCUGCUGCUGGACGAUGCGGGGAUUGCCAGUCUCGGAGCGGAGGUCGUGGAAACCGACCGCGGCGGAUUGACCACUUAUCACGGACCCGGUCAGUUGGUCGUCUAUCCCAUCAUCAGGCUGCGCGGGCGGGGAGGCCCGCACUGGUACGUGCGCACGCUGGAACGGGUGAUCAUCAACAGCUUGUCCCAGGUUGGCCUCGCCAGCACAACGGCGCCGGGUUUGACCGGCGUGUGGACGGCAGACGGACAACGUAAGGUGGCUGCCAUCGGCGUCAAGAUUGCCGGCGGCGUGGCCUACCACGGUUUUGCGAUCAAUGUCAGCACCGAUUUGUCGAUGUAUAACGCCAUAAUCCCCUGCGGGAUCACCGAUCGGGGUGUUACCAGCGUGGUUGCCGAACUACCAGAUAGCACCAAUAUUUUGACGGUGAAAGCAGUGGUGGAGAUUGUGGCCCGGCAGUUUUCCGAUGUGUUUGGGUUUCGCAGUGAAAGCGCCAACGCGGCCGCGGUUCUGGAGGCAACGGAAUGCAGUACGACGUCAUCGUAG